AGCAGUCAAGUCGUCACUGUGUUCAGAGACACAACACAGUGUUGCUACAGUUUUACAACAGCUCUUCAGGAUGGAGUUUAUCACUGACAUCACCGUCAUCAUUGAUGCAGCACAUUACAAAGACAAUGGAAGAUUAAUGAAGAUUCUUCAAUCUUACAGUCCUGAGAAAAAAGCUUCCUGCUACAUAGUGAGAGGAACCUCCUAUGAGGAGGUGGAGAACCUUUCAGUCAAACUGUCAGCUGGGAGGUAUCACUCCAGUCCUGUCACACGUAGACGAACCAGUCUGCGAGAUGCUUCACCCCAUGUCAAACCUGUGGAUGUAUCCAGCUUUGUUAUGGCCUACAUUGAGCAAAAUUGUUCCAGAGAACUAAAGAAAAUUCAAGGGAACAGUUUUGUCAUUGAAACACAGCCUAACCUCAGAGCAGGACACAAUAAACCCAACAGCACAGUACGGGUAACUUUCAGACCACAACCUGUCUCCUUUGACCGGGUUCACGGGGACUUUGUCAGACAGCGAUUCAUCACAUUCUACCAGAGAACUGCCUCUGACCUGCAGGUCACAUCUGUCCCUGUGAGUCCACAUGAGCACAAAGACCUGCAGCAGAUUUUUCCACACCUCCUCUUUAAACCCAGUCACAACAGAUCUGAAGUCACAGUGACUGGACCUUUUGUGCAUGUUGCUAAAUUGAAAGAGUUCCUUUCACAAAAUACACUGAGCUCAAGAAAGAGUUCAGUGAAAAAAAGUCCAGCGGACACUCCAAGCAGCAGAACCUCAGGUCCUUCACCUGCACACAGCAAAGAUCCUGAAGGAGAAUCAUGUCCAAUCUGUAUGGAACAGAUAGUCACCACAGAGAAAGAGACUCUGCGGUGCAAGCACUCAUUCUGCAGAAGCUGUCUGAAAACAGCCUUUGACUACAAGCCUGUGUGCCCGACAUGUGGAGAGUUAUAUGGCAUUUUGACAGGAACACAACCUGAUGGAGGCAGAAUGGAUGUCACCGAAAGCUCUUCAUCUCUGCCUGGAUAUGAGAAGUAUGGAACAAUAACAAUUCGCUAUUACGUUCCAAGUGGCAUCCAAAAGGAGGAGCAUCCCAACCCUGGUCAGCCGUAUGAAGGUGUGUCCCGUACAGCCUACCUUCCAGACUCCCCUGAGGGCAGAAGGAUCCUGAAACUGCUGAAGCGAGCCUUCGAUCAGAGACUCAUCUUCACUGUUGGUCGCUCCACCACCAGUGGCAGGAACAAUGUGGUCACAUGGAAUGAUAUUCACCACAAAACCUCAACACAUGGAGGACCUACUCACUAUGGAUACCCAGAUCCUGAUUAUCUCAGCCGGGUUCGAGAUGAACUGAAAGCCAAAGGAAUCGAAUGAGUUACUGAGGUUUGUCUAAAUAUGUAGAGCUAACAUGACGUCUUCUAAGGUACAGAUUUUUCAAAACUCUGGUUACUGUUUAUCAGUUUGAACAUGUAAAAUGGAGUAUUUGCAUGCCCAUUCUUGAUUUGUGCAUUGAGCAUACACUAGAAACAACAAUGGCAGACUACCAGUUUGCUAACGUUUUCUUAGCACUGCUUGAUCUAACGACUACUUUAAACUUAAACUUAGUAACGCUACUUCACUUCACGUACAAACUGUACCCAGCGUUUUUGCUCCACCUCAGCAUCCAUGGUUUAAAGUCCGCCAGAAAUGGUGGUUUUGGAUCAUGCCCAGUCAAACCAGCAGAUGGGACACUUUCCAGAGUGGGAUUGUUGUCAAUGAAAGGUAGAAGAAAAACUUUUGCAUGUCAAGUGCAUAACUCGCAUCUUUGAGUGAGCUACUUUGGCGUAAAAUUGAAUGAAAGUCAACGGUGAUGAGAGCUCCAGUAGGUGUUUUGGAAGAAGGAACGUUAGCCUGUACACUAUAGCCCCAUCUUUAACAAACACUUUUGGUAUUGUAACUUUGGAACCAAAACUAACCCCUCUGACAUGAUACCUAGACCCUAGGACCGUUAAGUAUUUCCACUGCAAACAGUACUCUUAAAUGUAGGCGGGGUUGUUAUCAUUCACUGCUCCAUCCAGCUCUCACUGUAUUUCCUCAUCAGCAGUGACACAGCUGGAAGUCUGCACCUCAUUUAUUGUUCACUUUCAGAACAAAACAGAACAGGCUGCAGUGAGAGUCUCUCUUGGUGGGAUAUUUAAAAAUAGCAGGUUUGUGCAUUUAGUUCUUCUCAGGCAAGCAUAAAGGUUUAGUAUUGUUGUAGCCCCCAGGAACAAUGCUCGCCAAUACUUUUUUUUCACCAAGUAAAGAUUAGAAUAUGUCAUCCAAGAGAGACAAUAAAAUCAAAUGGAAUGGUCAGAGUUGUCAUAAUGAAAUUUAAGGUGUACUGAUGGAUUCAUAUCAUCAACUCAUGCAUUGAGUAACAUGACAAAUAAAUGUUCAACCUUUAAAGUUGCUGGCAGUCGGUCUAGUGAAUUAAGUUAUUUUUUCUUAGUCUACAGCUGCUGCGAGAGGCAGCAAAACAUCAUUUCAUUUUAUAGUUAUAGUUAACUAAUAUAUGUAAAACUCCAUGGUAUGAACAGAGGUUACAUAAGUUUCAAAACCAGCCAAAACUCAGCCCUAAGCAAAAGUGACUGCAGUGUUUCUAGCUGCACCUUUUAGUACCAGAUCUGUGCGCUAGGUACCCCAACAGAGGAGGGGCCAAAAAUGCGGUAAAGAACGGUUCCAUUGGUACCAUCCACAAUUCUUCACAGUGGAGACAGAACAAAAUGCAUACCCAACUGACCUGAACUGUACCAGACUGCUUGAUGGAAAUGGAGCUAUAAUUACCUUGCGACAAGGUAGACUGUUGAAGGCAGCUAACACCUGCAAGUGUUUGGCACAGUGGCGUAAGAAAGUUAUGACAGGCCCCAGUGCACGCUAUCAUGCAUGAUAGCGUGCACUGACACAAGUCUCUAUCUGUAUCUUGACACAAAUAGAGACUUGACACUGGACUACAUCAACAUACAUAUUACCCAGCCAGCAAUCAUCACUGCAUACCUGAAAAAAAUACCAAAGAAAGUAAGAACUUAAUCAUUUAAUUGAAUAGUUUUUUAUAGUACAUAUAUAGAUUUUAUAGCUUAUUUACAAAAAGCAUAUUUAAAAAAAUGUAAAGAAAAAAAGAACCAUGACGGAGGGUUUGCCUUUAUUAGGACAUAUAUAGCAAAUGGCACUGUUUAACUUAUUUAAGUUACUAAUAUUCUUUUUGUUAUCAUUUAUCUUUGAAAACAGGUAUAUUUUCAAGCUGGCAAUCUGAAUCACUUACAAGGACCGGUUCUUUCUAUGGGCCACUCCACCCUAGGGGCCCCAGUGCAAUUGUACUGCCUGCACUGUCUGUAUUCACGCCGCUGGCUUGGCGUCAUUUUUGCAUUGUAGUGUGCACAGAGAUGUUUUGUAAUAUUAAAGUGGACGGGAUUAUUUUUGAAACAGAGGGGGAAAUUAUCCAAGGAUUAUGGCACAGAGGACUAUGAACGAGGAGGGAUACUUAGUGUCAUUGUAAUGUACUUUGUUAUGUACUUUGAUGUUCCCCAGUUUUGUUUUUCAUCAUUUUUUCUUUCUUGUGGCUGUUCUGGCAUUAUUGUUUGUUGAUAUUUUUUGUUUUAUGUUGGAAAUUAUCUAAUUUGAACUCACUAAAUAAACUAAGCACAAAAAGCAAGGAAAUUUGUGUGGCAGAUUAUUUCUUUGUUGUAAUAAUGCUUCUUGGCAAUACAUCUUAUACCAUUGGGAAGCCUGUUUAUUUCCCUUUUAAAUGGUGCCACAUUUGUACAGAAUAUGCAUUUGUGGGAUGAGUAACAGAGCUGAGUAUGUGGGUUGCACCCAUGAAAAAUUUGCCAAUCUGGAUGACUGAAGUCUGAAGAAACCAGACAUAGUGGCAAUUUAACAAUUUAUUCAUUUAACAAACAUGAGCCUCAGUAGCAUGUGGAGGAACCAUACACAGCCACAACAGCCUGGUACCUCCUCCUCAUGCUGGUCACCAGCCUGGUCACACACUGCUGUGGCAAAUUUUUCAUGGGCACAGCCCACAUUUUCAGCUCUGCUGCUCAUCCUACAAAUGCAUGUUCUUUACAAAUGUGGCACCACUGAAAAGGGAAAUAAACAGGCUUUCCAAUGGUAUAAGAUCUAUUGCCAAGAAGCAUUUUUACAACAAAGAAAUAAUCUACUAAACACAAAUUUCCUUACUUUUUGUGCUUAGUUUAUGUAAAAACUGAUUUGAAAAAUCAGUCAGUUCUUACUGGCCUGUUGCUGGUUGUUUAAACUUUGUGUGUAAGUGGUCUAAUCUGGUGGAGGGACUUCUGGAGUUGGCAUUGUAUGACACUAUUUCACUCCCAGUUGCCACACGGUCACUUCAGUGUACUCUAGAAGUUAAAAAAAAAAAGAUAAUUCAAGUUUGUAUUCUGUCACUUCAUUUGGCUCAUAGGUUUAAAUCCUUUAUUGUGUGAAAUGUUCAUCUGGAUAAUUUAACAUAUUUGUGGUCUGUGUUGAGUAGAGAGGUGAAGUCCCUCCCCUUCCAGCGAACCACUAUGGGACCACUCUUUUUGGAAAGAAUAUGCAGCGAGAGACAAAUAAUUUGACACCUGAUGUCUGUCAAUUUAAAAGAUCAAUUUGUAAGUCAAGAAAGUUGCAGUUUGUCAUUAAACUUUUGAAGUGAAAGAUUGUGUUAUUACACAACUAGAAGACUAUACAUCCAGAAUUUGCUUAAGUGACACGCGGGAUGUACUCACAUAAGCAACGGUCGCUCAUUCUUUUGUUUCCCUGCUGAUAUAAAGACAAGUUGCUGGAUAAAACACAUCAGGUUCCAUUUGUGUAUAAAACAGAGCUAAGUCACCUAGCUAGCUAGCAAGCAAUGAAUGUUAGCUAACAUUACUGGUGUUGGUAACAUAUAAUAUGUGACACGAAAGAUGUAGUUCACUGAGCGGUUCCAAACAAAACUAGUAGUACUUAGACAACCCUUUUAAAUAUUUUCAGUUUAAAUCUUUUAAAGUGGCAAACAUCAUGAGUGUAUGUAAUUCACAAUUUAAACAAGGUCAAAACUAGUUUUUGUCUCUCACUGUUGACUACUGUGCAUGUUUUUUUCCAAAAUAUGGUCUUAUCGGGGACACUGGAUAGGGAGGGACUUUGCCUCUCCGUUAAGUGUAUAUCAGACACUCAGCAUACCUCCCGUGAACCUUUCCUUCUGUCACUUACUUGGAUUCAGAUGUACUGCUGCAGCAUUUUGAAAAUAAAUGUCCUUACUGUUCUCAGACCAGUGUUCUGCUUGUUGACACUUUAAAAUGAACAUGUGUCAGUACUGUUUGAAAUGUUCACUUCACAAAUGUUUGACCUUCCUCAUUGAAGUGUACAUACUUAAAAUUACUUAUCACACAGUAAUAACAUAAACUGCAUUGAACUUACUGCUUUACAGCAACAUUGGCGAAUAUGCAAUCACUGAUCAUGUGUUCUAUAUCUGUGAUUAAAUAAAUGGUCAAUAUGUA